UUAGCCCAGUACAUUAAUCACUGGGCACCUGUUGGAAAGCAGCUGGACAUCACAGUGCCGGUUCACCUGUUGCUUAUGUGCUCUGAAAGCGGGUUUCUUUCGUGGAGUGUCUAAAUGGAUUUGGAAAAGGAUCACAAAGUUUUGUUACUCGUAUUUGAUCUGGUGUUUGGAACUUAAAGAAGUUGGCUACCUGCCAAAAAAAAACAGCUGGGAAACAUGUCGAAACAAACUGACCACGUAAAGCGGCCAAUGAAUGCCUUCAUGGUUUGGUCGAGAGCCCAGAGACGGAAGAUGGCACUUGAUAACCCCAAGAUGCACAACUCUGAGAUCAGCAAGCGGCUCGGAGGAGAGUGGAAACUUCUGUCAGACUCGGAGAAAAGACCCUUUAUCGACGAGGCCAAGCGUCUCCGCGCGGUUCACAUGAAGGAGCAUCCGGACUACAAGUACAGACCGAGGCGCAAGCCGAAGAACUCCGUGAAGAAGGACAGGUAUCAGUGUAAUGUGGCUUAUAACAUUGGGGAGCAGGACGCACUCAAAGGGGUACUAACGAAUCCUGAAAAGACUGCUGCCGCUGUAGCCGCCGCCAGAGUGCUCCUCAGCCACUCUGUACCCCCGACCCCUUACCCUUACCUGGACUUAAACUCGAAAAUGUCAGAAUUGUCGGCGACCACAUUUACACACACCUCACUGGACUAUUCCGGACGCGUUGUUGCGUUUCCUAGAAUGGGGAUCCUUGGUGCCACGCACACGCACCCUUCUCCGGGAAACCCUGCCUAUAUGAUGCCCUAUAACUGCCCAGUGUGGACGGCGUCUGCGCCUCAGCCUCCUCCUUUAGCCUAUGUGGUUUUACCGGGAAUGCGCAAAACUCUGCACGAACCUUACUCUGCAUUCGCCACGGCCUUGUGAUGGACACACGCAGUGUACACUAUAACACUGUACUGUAGUGAGCUGUAAGGACUCUGUUUAAUGAAAAACGCUUUUGUGCAUCUCCCACUGUAGGGUGCACCUAUAUUUAACAACAGCAGUAAUAAUAAUAAUAAUAAUAAUAAUAAUAAUAAUAAUAAUGAAAUACUGUCCUUCAAUAGUAUACGUAAAUUGCAUGUGCUGAAUAAUCUUUAACAAGACAUGCCAAACUGAGUUACUUAUCAGUAUUCAUUAUUUAGUUACCCAUUUUGGAAACUAAAUUUUUUCUUUUCUUUUUUUUUCUCCAUGAGAAGAAUAGGCAAAUGCACUGGGUUAUAUAUACAAUAUCAAUCUAUUAUUCUCACACCCUUUCAUAUGUCAAUGUCAUCCUUAUGGAAGUAAUUAAAAGAAAAAAAAAACAAGAAAAAUAAUUUAAAAAAAGCACUUGGCAUGUUAUAUCCAGUAUUUGUUUUUAAUAGUAGGUCUUGGGGGGAUAUACAUGUGUGGUGGGCUUAUGCAAAUUUCAGAAAACAGCAACUGCAUCAAUAGUAAACAUUAAAGCAAUAUCAAGCCAAUGUUUUAAUGAUAAACAUUUUAACUAAAAAUUAUGUUAUCAGGGCUUUUGUCUGACAGGUUCGUCUUUUAAGAUGCUUAAAUGCUUAAACAUUUAUUAUUAUUAUUAUUAUUAUUAUUAUUAUUAUUAUUAUUAUUAUUAUUAUUAUUAUUAUGAACAUCUGGUUAUCCCCUUUGAGGCUUUCAUUUGCAACCUUAUUUCAUCACUGUAAUGUACAUACUGGUUUUAAUAAAUAAAGUCUUAUAGUACAUCGGGUUUUUAUGAAUAGUCUGUGCCCAGUACAGUCUAUCACUCAACAUAAUUUGGAGAUGUAAUAUAAGGAUCUGGUUCAGCUUUUGGCAUUAAAGCUCAAAUAUGAUAUUGCUGAGUUAUUAUAAUAAAUAACCCAAUGCAAUGUAAUUUCAUUCCUAACCCUGCUGGGGAAAAAAACACAAGAAUGCAGGUUACCAGUCCUGAUCCUGGAGUCCUGAUCACAACACCAUUGAUUCAACUUAUCAGCUAAUUAACAGCGGUGUGGUGAAGUGGACAUGUCGGGAAAGGAAAAACAAUAAAAAGAACAGGACAAUAUGGAAUACUGUAGUCACAGUGUAUCCAGAGCCUAGAUAAGGGGACAGGGUGUAUGCAGAAGAAGGGUUGGGAAGCUGCGCAUUAAAAAAAAAAAUCUCUAGUUGUUUCAAAUUGGUUUAGUGUUUUCAUGAGAAUCAGAUUCCAUUACAAUUUUCUCAGUUAGUUUUAAACACCACAAGAACUCGAUAGUGCUUUCUUAGGCGAUUACCAUUCUCUGUUUUUAUUGAUCAUAAACAGAGCAAAAACUGUCUUUUUCAAGUGAUUGUCAUCUCAGGCACUUGUGACCAUGUACAAUAUUAUUACUACAGAAAACAACCGUUUUAGUUUAAAAACAAAACAUGUAUGUGACUGCAUUAGUUCUGUGUGCAACUGCAUAUGUACCUGUUGCUCUGUACAGUCAAGAAUCUUUAUUUGUGGCUUUUUUUUUGUAAUAAA